AUGAAUCUCCGCGAGCUGGAGGACUUCCUUGAGACCCAGGAGAUAGCCUUCACCUCUAUCUUGAAAGCAACGAGAAAUAUCGAUCCAUUUGAACUGAAGCAAUCUCUGACAAGACAUCAUGCCCAAAUGGUCACAAUCGCUGGAAGCAAAUACCCCAUGAAAGGUCUCGCCGAUCUCAAAUCGCCAUCUCCUUCUCCACUCAAUCCACCCUCCAGUAAUAAGCGUCCAUUCACCUACGACUCCGACUCUGCUGAUCCAUAUCACACCCCAACCAAGCCCAAGGAUCAUAAUAAGAAUAAGAAAACUCCAACCUCGACGUCAUCUUCGGGUUUUCGCGCCUCCAACCUCACCGGACGACUGAAACAGGCCGGCGCCGGAACCCUGUUUAAGCGCAAGCCAAGUUACACCGUAUCUCCCAGUGGUUUGAAAGACUACGAUGCGAUCCAUAUUUCUUCAAGCGAGGGAUCAGAUUCUGAGUUUGCCGAGGCAAAGGAGAACCCCAACGUCGAAGGUAGCGAUAGCGAAGGAGGCAAGAAGAAAAUCCCGAUCCGCAGGGGUAUCGCUACUCGGAAGGAUACACCAGCAAAGAAGAGGAUGGUAGCUACGAAGAACUUUAUGUCUAGACUUAGCGACGCGGCUGGUGAGAGCGAUGUCGAAACUGGCAGAUACAGCAACAAGAAGGAAGAGAGCAGUGAAACGGGCAAUGGCGGCGCGAAGGGUGGCGCAAAGGGUGGCAAGUCCGAUGCUGCCAAUUCGACAGUAACUGUUGAGAUUGAUGGACCUGUCAUGGGAAUCAAGAAGGAUAUCACACGACUUGAAGAGUCCCUCGCCGAGAAACAAACCGAAUUGAGUCUCAUCUCCAACGUCCUUGCCAGACAGCCUGUUUUAGAUAUUGUCCGAGAACUCAAACAGACAAUUCUGUCCAAGAAAGCAUUACUCUCAAAGGAUGGCAAGAGUUUGAAGGUACCAGAAGUCAAUGGUGGGCAAGGAAGAUCGACGGAGUCAAAAUACAAGUCAAUGGCUGCUACUGUUGAGGAUGUGUCUGAGAGCGAUUCUGAUACACUCUUUAAGAGCCAGACAGCCACGAGGGGCUCAGCAUCCAAACGAAGACGUGUUUGA